UGAUUCUGUCUGCUUUUACUGGGCUCGUCAGUCUUAUUACAUCGAAAAUAUGUGGCAAAAGACCGCUGUAUCUCAUGUCAUUAGUACUUUUAUUCAUUGGUACCGUAUGGAACACCGGCGUGAGGACCAGCUACAGCCAAUGCCUGGCCGCAAGGGUUUUCCAAGGUUUGGGAUGGGGUGUCAUUGAUACGCUGGUCCAGAGUUCUAUCUACGAUAUAUUCUUUGAACACGAACGCAACCUUCGGCUUUCCAUUUACACCGUUAUCGUCGUCACAACUACAUGGGGCCCACCACUGCUUGGUGGGAUAACAUCGCGAGGCCAGACUGGGUUCGAGUUACAAUUCACAGUUCUCAGCUGCUUUUUUGUCCUUGCCGUCCCGGCCAUUGCCCUCGGUGUGCCCGAGACAGCAUAUGACCGCACUAAUGCACUACCUCGAAUUGAUGAGGGUGGUGAAAGUCCCUACAAGGAGUCCAUGUGUCAGGGUAUUUCACGGGACCGUAUCUUGGAUGCCAUCAACGACUACAUUGUGAAGAUGAAGCCAUACUCCUACACCAGUGGAUCGGCAGAUUCGGUCACCCUGCUCGAAGCACCUCGUGCUUUCAUUGCACCUACUACGCUAAUUCUCUUUUUCACAUCCUUCUUUUCAUAUUCAUCACUGUGGGCCUUGAGCUCGACUCUCUCCCUUCUGUUCCACUCUGUCUACACCACAACCACCAUUGGCGUUCUUAUGACGGGUCCCUGGCUUCUCGCCACCGCUACAGCAACCGCCUUAGCGCUCUUACCGCUCUUCAUACCUCGAUUACAGUCACGAUUUCCCGUCUUGUCCUCUAUACCAACGCAGUUCAACAACAAGGUCAUCACGGUUGCCAUCACAGCCGGUUCCUUCCUUUCCUUUAUCGGCAUCCUUACCUUUGGCCUUCAUACCAACGCGGGCAUUGACAAUGGCAAGAUUUCGAGUACGAACCUCCCAGAAAUCAGCUUCGUCCUCGGUCUCCUCGCUGCAGGGGCGUACAUCUUCGACGCUAUCUCUCGUCCCUUGAUUAGCCUGAGCACUGCGUCAACCAGACACGAAAACGAUAUGAUGGCCGGCGUGGCAUGCUGGAGGACCUUGUUUGCUGGUAUUCUGGUUAUUGCGGGUCCUAGUGGGAUCUCGACUUCGAGUAGCGGUGCGGCUCUGUCGUCAGGGUAUGGGUUGAGAGACAUGUGUAUUGGGUUUGCAGUGGUACAGACAGUUAUUGCGGCCAUGGCGGCGGGUGUGUGGUGGUUCUACGGGGAGGAAGUUAGGAGAUGGGAUGGGAUGGUGAUGAAGUUGGAGGAUUCAGGGGCGGCGGGAAAGAGAUCGAAGGGAAGAGAGGGCAGUUUCUUUGAUACGGAUUAAGGACCUCAAGGAUGACGAACUGGCUUGGGUAAAGGAUGAAUGACUGCGACGAGUAAUGACGGUAUGGAAACGGUAUGGACAUAGGACACUCACUUACGACUCACGGACAGCGGACGGUAAACGGGCAAAAGGGAAUAGUGGAACCGGUAGAGCAUCUUCCUUUAGGAAAGGAACUUGGGCUGGAGAGCAAUCGAUCACUAUGGGAUGCUCGGUAGGACGGUAAUAGGGAUCGUAUGCUGUGGGAAAUUUAAUAGCAAUAGCCAAACCCAACAGAAAUAGUACUUCCAAAUAAAUAAUCUUCGUUUCUG